AAACCGCUCUCUCUUUGUCUUCAAGAAGCCGUCCUCUUCCAGGGCUUCCCCGGCAUCUCGCUUUCGCCCAUCGCCCUGUCUGUCCGGCUUCCGCGCUCUCACCCGUCCGCCUCUCUCAGCAGAUCUGACGGCGAUGCAGCACUAAUGCAGCACAACCAACAGCAGCCCGACCAGCAGCAGCAGCACCCCAUCGAGUACAUCUUCGUCGGCCGCCGCACAUUCUACCUUCUCAGCCUCAAUGACAUCCUGAGGCUGAGGAAGACCUGCAGAUGGGCCAGAGGCCUCUUCGGAGCGCCUCAGCUGCGGCAGCGGCUCAGCCAUGAGGUCAGCACACCCGCGGGGCUGCGGCGGACGGCCGACGGACAGCAGCUGCUGACCUUCGACGACCAGCAGAUGGGCGAGGGUGACCUGCUGGCGGCGCUGUGUGUGACGGGGGCGGGCGGCUGGAGUGAGAUGAGCGAGGCGGUCGAGCUGGCGGGGCAGUGCGGCCACUGCCAGCUGCCUGUGAGCCUCACUGCGGGCGAUCUGCACCAAUACCCAAACAAGACGGUAAGCCAACCGAGGGAGGGAGGGAGCGAGGGAGGGAGAAGGGAUGGCUGUCAAUCGGUGUGUGGUGUGUUGAUGUGUUGUGUGUGCAGGCGUAUUUGGCCGGUCCCCGUGUGUUGGCUCAGCUGAAGAUGGUCGGCCCCCACAUCCACUUCGGCAACGGCGUGACCUUCCAGCUGUUCGACCACGGCAACAAACUGCGGGCCAUCAAGGACGACAUCGACCUCGCUAUCGACAUCGACCCGCCCCUCCCCGCCAACGACUUCUUCCAGCAGCACCGACAGCAACAUGACCCAGCCGUCCGCAGCAGCAUCACAUAUGCCUCGCCUACGGGCUGGCGGUCGCUGACUGUUCCUUGGGACUACUCAUCUGUAUCGUUCUUCGUCAAAAACAUCGUCCUCAACCACUUCAAGAGGUCUCACGAGACCAACGGGACUCACCGUGAAAUCGACAGGUGAGGCGGGGCAUCACUCAGCUGUGUGGGCGCUUUGCGUGUGCACUGUCACGACACACACGAGUGUACGGUGUGUGUGUCAGGCAUGUCGACAACAGCCGGCUGGACACCCUCAUGACGCAGUCCCUACACACACCAGUGGAGGGAUGCACCACCACCGCAUCAUUCCGCUUUGCCGGCCACACUUGGUGUCGUCUCAUCCUCACCGACGCCGGCCACCCCUUCGUCGCAUGGAUUGCCGUCAUGUAUGCUGCCUAACAACGGUCAGCCCAGCCCGGCACAGCGAGGGGGAGGAAAUGCGGCGCCACUCUGAUGCGCUGUGCUCUCCUGCCCUUCGUGUGCAGUGAGUGUUGAGGUCAAGACGACCGAGUCGGCUAUGUGUGGUGUGGGUGGCGCCUUCAGGGACCGCUUCCCUCAGACCACUCGGCUAGCGCGGGCGGUGCUGGGGGCCGUCAUCUCAGCCAUCCUGUGCGGCCGAUAGACAGCUAUGGGUACUGUCUGAUAGAGGAACGACGGUGGGGUUGUUGAGUGGAGGGUGGACAGCAAGUCUCACUGACGGACUUCUCCCAAGACGACGCUUUAGACAGCGCCGUGUUUUCCAUGUCUUUCUUUCCACUCACACAUACACACACCGUCCGUCCGUCCGUCCAUUGCGCCACUCGUUCAAUUGUUUUUGGGUGUAUGGUUUCGCCCCCACGGCUGACCCACACGCACACACAAACACAUCCGCAGGUGCCGUGAAUGACGUCGUGGCAGCGUGUGGAUGGAUGGAUGGAUGUGUGUGUGUGGUGGGUGGCUCUGUGAAGACAUACCGCUGGAUAUACAGCACAUCGGCUGUCUGCGUGAAUGGAGACCUGUCUUGAGUGUGAGUGUGAGUGUCUGUGUGUGUGUAUGUGUGAGUGGACCGCAGCGAGUGAGCUGUGCUAUCAAUCGGUAUUUCUGUGGG